UUUCAGCUGAAGGACUGCCUCGUUUCAACAACAACUUUAUGUCUCCCGGAAGUCCCUCCUCCCGGUCGCCUUCCCAAUCUCACGCCCGUAGGCGGCAGCUGGAGGGAUGGCGGCGGCGGCCGGGGGGUUGGGCCCCGGGCCUGGACCGGGGGACUCCCCGGAGGGGCCUGAACCGGAGGCACCGGAGAGGCGGCGGAAGGCGCAUGGGAUGCUGAAGCUAUACUACGGCCUCUCGGAGGGGGAGGCGGCGGGGCGACCCGCAGGGCCGGACCCCCUGGACCCGAUAGAUCUUAACGGAGCGCACUUCGACCCGGAAGUGUACCUGGACAAGCUGCGUAGGGAGUGCCCCCUGGCCCAGCUGAUGGACAGUGAGACGGACAUGGUGCGGCAGAUCCGGGCUUUAGACAGCGACAUGCAGACCUUGGUCUAUGAGAACUACAACAAGUUCAUCUCAGCCACAGACACCAUCCGGAAGAUGAAGAACGAUUUCCGGAAGAUGGAGGACGAGAUGGACCGGCUGGCGAACAAUAUGGCAGUGAUCACCGACUUCAGCGCACGCAUUAGCGCGACGCUGCAGGACCGUCAUGAGCGCAUCACCAAGCUGGCAGGGGUCCACGCACUGCUGCGGAAGCUGCAGUUCCUCUUCGAGCUGCCCUCGCGUCUCACUAAGUGCGUGGAGCUGGGCGCCUACGGGCAGGCGGUGCGCUACCAGGGCCGGGCGCGGGCCGUGCUGCAGCAAUACCAGCACCUGCCCUCGUUCCGCGCCAUCCAGGAUGACUGCCAGGUCAUCACGGCUCGCCUGGCCCAGCAGCUCCGGCAGCGCUUCAGGGAGGGCGGCUCGGGUGCCCCCGAGCAAGCUGAGUGCGUGGAGCUGCUGCUAGCCCUGGGCGAGCCGGCCGAGGAGCUGUGUGAGGAGUUCUUGGCACAUGCCCGCGGCCGGCUGGAGGAUGAGCUGCGGAGCCUGGAGGCCGAGCUGGGCCCUUCUCCGCCGGCGCCUGACAUCUUAGAGUUCACCGACCACGGGGGCAGCGGCUUCGUGGGCGGCCUCUGCCAGGUGGCAACGGCCUACCAGGAGCUGUUUGCGGCCCAGGGCCCAGCGGGAGCUGAAAAGCUGGCAGCUUUCGCCCAUGAGCUGGGAGGCCGGUACUUUGCGCUGGUGGAGCAGCGGCUGGCGCAGGAGCAGGGUGGUGGUGACAACUCGCUGCUGGUGCGGGCGCUGGACCGCUUCCACCGGCGCCUGCGGGCACCCGGGGCCCUGCUGGCUGCUGCAGGGCUUGCCGAGGCAGCCACAGAGAUCGUGGAGCGGGUGGCCCGAGAGCGCCUGGGCCACCACCUGCAGGGCCUGCGGGCUGCCUUCCUGGGCUGCUUAACUGAUGUGCGCCAGGCGCUGGCUGCGCCCCGCCUGGCUGGGAAGGAAGGCCCAGGCCUGGCGGAGCUGCUGGCCAACGUGGCCAGCUCUGUCUUGAGCCACAUCAAGGCUUCACUGGCCGCCGUGCACCUCUUUACCGCCAAGGAGGUGUCCUUCUCCAACAAGCCCUACUUCCGGGGUGAGUUCUGCAGCCAGGGCGUCCGGGAGGGCCUCAUCGUGGGCUUCAUCCGCUCCAUGUGCCAGACGGCCCAGAGCUUCUGCGACAGCCCAGGGGAGAAGGGGGGCGCCACACCACCUGCGCUGCUCCUCCUGCUCUCGCGCCUCUGCUUGGACUAUGAGACGGCCACCAUCUCCUAUAUCCUCACCCUCACCGACGAACAGUUUCUGGUGCAGGUCCAGUGCUCCUCUGCCUCCCUGGCUCAGGACCAGUCUCCAGUGACGCCCGUGAGCACACUGUGUGCGGAGGCCAGGGAGACGGCGCGGCGGCUGCUGACCCACUACGUGAAGGUGCAGGGCCUGGUCAUAUCACAGAUGCUGCGUAAGAGCGUGGAGACACGGGACUGGCUCAGCACCCUGGAGCCACGAAACGUGCGUGCUGUCAUGAAGCGGGUUGUGGAGGACACGACGGCUAUAGAUGUGCAGGUGGGGCUCCUGUAUGAGGAAGGUGUUCGCAAGGCCCAGAGCAGCGACUCCAGCAAGAGGACCUUCUCGGUGUACAGCAGCUCUCGGCAGCAGGGCCGCUAUGCGCCCAGCUAUACACCCAGUGCCCCAAUGGACACCAACCUCUUGAGCAACAUUCAGAAGCUGUUCUCUGAACGCAUUGAUGUGUUCAGCCCGGUGGAAUUCAACAAGGUGUCCGUGCUGACCGGCAUCAUCAAGAUCAGCCUGAAGACGCUGCUGGAGUGCGUGCGCCUGCGCACCUUUGGGCGCUUCGGGCUGCAGCAGGUGCAGGUGGACUGCCACUUCCUGCAGCUCUACCUCUGGCGCUUCGUGGCCGACGAAGAGCUCGUGCACCUGCUGCUGGACGAAGUGGUGGCCUCGGCUGCCCUGCGUUGCCCGGACCCAGUGCCCAUGGAGCCCAGCGUCGUCGAGGUCAUCUGCGAGCGCGGCUAGCCGCCAGGACCCAUCCCGCCCGUCCCCUGGCCUCCCGCCCCAUCAGGGACCGGCCUAAUAAAGAUGCAUUGUCUCC